GUUGUUUACUAAAUCGAGUUUUCGAUUUAUUUUCCAGCUGCUAAACCGCAUCUAAAAGUUGUCUACCAGUUCGAAUGCCUUCAAACAAUGCUUUUAAUUGCAUUUCGAAUUUUUGCGUUCCGCCAGUAUCUGCAUCCGUAUCUGUAUCGGUAUCAGCGACAAAAGUAUCUGCCAAAAUGUAUUUACCAUAGGCGGAAAACGGUAGCAUUUUGAUUUUGACAUUCUCCCGCUGCCAACUGCGCUGCCAACUGCGCUGCCGGCUGCCUGCUCUCACACACACACAGUCGCCGGCAGUCGAAAGUUUCGUUUUCAGGCCUCAGACUCAGUCUCAGUCUGAACGCUGAACGGAGCGCAUCGCAGGGCACCCACACGCGAAUUGAGUGCCGGCCACACCGAAGCGUGCUCCCCUGCGAAACGAGAAAGAUACAACUCGCGAUUUCGCCGGCUGAGAUUGCUACACUGCGAAAAAAAACGAGAGUUGUAGUGAGUUACAAGAACGGAAUACCCGAGAGUAUAUAUAGAAAAGGAAACCGGCGCUUAAAGAAAAGUGUCCAAAGGCUUUGUGAGAAGUGUCCUGCUGCUGGCAACUGUCGCCCGAAACUAUGCAGCAGUGAAAAAGGCCCACUUCCGCCAGGAAAAACGUGGAAAUAUUCAGUGGCAUUCAACCAAGGAGACUGAGACUCCCCAUUCGAAUCAAGAUGCGUGUGCUACAAUGGGUAAUGUUUGCAUUGGGCAUGAUUUGCAUGCUUCUGGAUCCAGUGCUUGGAUCUUUUGAGUUGGUUGGACAGUCCAUUAAAGAUGCUCUGGCCGAAUACACGCUGACCGACAUCAUGAACAACAACCAAUUUGCGGGCAUCGAGUUUGGUGAGGCGGAGGACGGCUUCCCCGCCUUCCGCUUCCUGCAGACGGCGGACGUGAAGUCACCGUAUCGGAUGCUCCUACCGGAGAAGCUCUACGAGUUCGCCAUCCUCAUCACUUUCCGGCAGAGCUCGCUGAAGGGCGGCUACCUGUUCAGCGUGGUGAAUCCGCUGGACACGGUCGUUCAGCUGGGCGUACACCUCUCGCCCGUCGUGAAGAACAGCUACAACGUAUCGCUGGUCUACACGCAGGCGGACCAGAACAUCGGCCGCAAGUUGGCCAGCUUCGGCGUGGCUCAUGUGCCGGACAAGUGGAACUCGAUUGCCCUCCAGGUGCUCAGCGAUAAAGUGUCCUUCUACUACGACUGCGAGCUGCGCAACACCACUCUGGUCACCAGGGAGCCCAUCGAAUUGGUCUUCGAUUCGGCAUCCACUCUGUAUAUUGGCCAGGCGGGCUCCAUUAUUGGCGGUAAAUUCGAGGGCUAUUUAGAAAAAAUCAAUGUCUAUGGUAAUCCCGAUGCCAUAAAUGUCACAUGCAUGCCGCCCCCAAAGGCAACGAUUGCUCCCACCACGGCGGAUGAGAGUUCUUUACCUAACGAAGGAUCUGGAGAGAGUGUUCUCUUCGAAGAUUCGACGGAAGCAAAUAUUUUAAGUGAUGAGUUUUGGGAUACAGGCGAUGAGGCGACAGACAUCUUCGACGCCAGUGGCAUGCAGCCCCCGGGACAGACGCAGUAUUCGCACGAGAGACCGUACCGAGGCAUCAAGGGCGAGAAGGGAGAGCGGGGGCCCAAGGGCGACAGCAUUCGCGGUCCGCCGGGACCGCCGGGUCCGCCCGGGCCCAAAGGCGAAACGGCCCCCUAUCCGCCCUUUGUGGAGACGACGAGUGCGGGGGCUAAAUACACUGGCGAGUGUACAUGUAAUGCGUCUGAUAUCCUAGAGGCCAUCAAGGACAAUGAGUCGUUGCGGGAGUCGUUGCGUGGAGCACCGGGUACGCCGGGCAAGGAUGGAAAGCCAGGGACCCCUGGACACACCGGAGCCACCGGAGUGCCAGGAGCCAGAGGCGCCCGGGGGUCCGAGGGUGCCCAGGGGCUGAAGGGCGAGCCAGGCGUCGACGGACUGCCCGGAGUCAUGGGUCCGCCGGGACCACCGGGUCCGCCUGGUUUGCCCGAGAACUACGAUGAAUCCCUAAUGGUCAACUCGAUGGGCGCAUUCCGGGGCACGACGCAGCCAGGAGCCAAAGGUGUGCCCGGCGAGAAAGGUGAUGCCGGCCAGAAAGGAGAGCGUGGCGAUCCGGGUCACAAAGGUGCACACGGGCCCAGCGGCGCAAAGGGUGAGCCCGGCGAACCGGGAACACCCGGACUGCCGGGAUUGCCGGGACAGGCCGGACAGCCCGGCGGACUUGAGGGACUCGCCAGCGCCAAUGGGACCAAGGGCGAGCGGGGCGAGAAGGGCGAGAAGGGCAUGCGGGGUCGCCGUGGAGGAACUGGCGCCACUGGACCAAUUGGACCGCCCGGAAAACCCGGACCCAUGGGCGAUAUUGGACACUCGGGCCGUCCUGGCAUGACAGGACCAAAGGGUGAAAUGGGUCCCAAAGGACCAAAAGGCGAUUCCGGCGGACGCGAGGGGACAAAGGGUGAUAAGGGAGACCGAGGUCAGGAUGGUCGCGAUGGCUUGCCAGGACCUCCAGGAUUACCCUCCACUGGUGGAGGUGAUGGCGACAGCGGCGGCGUGCAGUACAUCCCAAUGCCAGGACCUCCAGGACCUCCGGGACCUCCGGGUCUGCCGGGACUUUCCAUAUCAGGACCCAAAGGAGAACCCGGAAUGGAUUCGCGAAGCUCCUUCUUCGGCGAUGCAUCCUACUACGGGCGACCAGGAGCGCGCUCAUCCUUGGACGAACUCAAAGCACUGCGAGAACUGCAAGAUCUUCGCGAUCGGCCCGAUGGCACAGCCGAGCCACCACGCCAGCCAGGACAUUCCCACAAGCAUGAGGAGACCCUGGGGCUCGUCGAUGGCGAGGAGCCAUACUUCUCCGCAUCCUCAUCGAAUAUGAACAUGAAGAUUGUGCCGGGCGCAGUCACCUUCCAGAACAUCGAUGAAAUGACAAAAAAAUCGGCCCUGAAUCCACCGGGCACAUUGGCCUACAUCACCGAGGAGGAGGCGCUACUGGUUCGCGUGAACAAGGGAUGGCAGUACAUUGCGCUGGGAACUCUGGUGCCGAUUGCCACGCCCGCUCCGCCCACAACGGUGGCACCCUCGAUGCGAUUCGAUCUGCAGUCGAAGAACCUGCUCAACAGUCCACCACCCCUGCUCAAUACGCCAACGUUUACAACCGCGCCCGAAUACGAAACGUGGUAUCCGCGAAUGCUACGCGUGGCCGCACUGAAUGAGCCCUCCACCGGCGAUUUGCAGGGGAUUCGGGGGGCGGACUUCGCCUGCUAUCGGCAAGGACGACGGGCAGGACUCCUGGGCACCUUCAAGGCGUUCCUCUCAUCCAGGGUACAGAAUCUGGACAGCAUUGUGCGUACGGGUGACCGGGAUCUGCCCGUGGUGAACACUCGUGGCGAUGUGCUCUUCAACUCGUGGAAGGGCAUCUUCAAUGGCCAAGGUGGCUUCUUCUCGCAGGCGCCGAGAAUCUACAGCUUCAGCGGCAAGAAUGUGAUGACGGACUCUUCAUGGCCCAUGAAGAUGGUGUGGCACGGCUCGCUGCCCAAUGGCGAGCGCUCCAUGGACACCUACUGCGAUGCCUGGCACUCGGGUGACCAUCUGAAGUCCGGCUAUGCCAGCAAUCUCGAUGGCCACAAGCUGCUCGAACAGAAGCGCCAGUCCUGCGACAGCAAGCUGAUCAUCCUGUGCGUGGAGGCACUUUCGCAGGAUCGCAAGCGCAAGAAGCGGGAAAUCGGCGAUGGCAGCAGUCACGGCGAAAGUGAAGGCAGGGAGUUCAAGACGGCCGAUGAGUAUGCAGCGCAUUUAGAAAAUUUACUGCUGUAAGCGGAACCGGAAGGAAGAAGCAGAGCGGCGUCACACCAAACCAUUCUCAUGCAUAAAACAAAACAAAUCACAGCACUCACACACACACAUAUAUAAACACCCAUACACACCUACACACCUACGUGCAUACAUUGAAUGUAAACGUGAAUCAUGGCCAUGCAUAUAAUCAGCGAAUUCCAAACAAAAACCAAAAAGAGAAAUACUCAGACGGCAGAUGGAUGUUGCAUAUAAAUACAUACUUACAUAUAUUACCCGUACGCAUACACACUACUCGUAGGUAAUAUGUCUAAUAUAUUGCUACACGUCGUAUAUGACAAACGCAAAUAGAUAUAUAUAUAUCGUGGAUAUAUAUAUAUAUAUAUUGAGUUGUACUUUAUGUUUAGGACACGGCACGAGCAAGCAGCAAUUUUUUGUACAAGCAGAAAACGUAUUUGUAGUUUGUAAACUGUAAUUUGUAACUUACCGAUAGCCGUAACCGAACUAAUGUCUAAUUUUGUAAUUACAUAAGCUCACCCCCACAAUGAAAUAGAAAAAUAAAAUAAAAGAACAAAAAGAAAAAGAAAAGAAAAACAGCAGCGGAACACCCAGUCGCCUCCGCCUACGCAAUACUGGCCAAAUUAGUAUCCUACUUAGAACGUAUGGCAAUGCACUCGAGAAUCGAGAAUUCAAAGGCUCUCCAAACUCUUCACAGGACCCUGUAUAUGCGUGUAUAAAUGUGUAUUUUUGUCAAAAGACUUCUAGGUGUGUGUACAUUAUAAGUAAGCCCCGCGUGGUUACAAUACGAAACAACCGUUUUUAACUAUCGCAUGCAGCCCUUUCUGCCCACUCUAUAUACGGUAAUAUAUAUCUGAAGGUUAUAUAGGAUAUACAUAUGUUUUACGAACGAUUUCUACAGUACUCCUAUCGUAGGCCAGAGAUUUUCUACAGCGUAGCUCGCGAUUACCCACAAUACUCGUUACCGGCGAAUAUUCCACAUUCGGAUCGCAGUUUUUAUAUGCAUCAGAUGAGUAACGAUAAUGAAAUUAUAGCAUAAUCAACACACAUACAUAAGUACAUACACAUACAUACGUGGAUGGUAAAUUCGUAAUUUAUUGUCAUUCGAUAACGAAACACUUAACUAAAUUCUAAUUAUAGUUACCGAUAGUUAGUUACAUAAUAAUUUCUUUUUGCAUUUAACCAAUGCAUUUCCAACUACAACAUUUGUAAUGUAAUUAAACGUAAUUGUAACGACAGUUAAGGUAUUAAUUUAAAACAAUAAACCACAAAUGCAGAACACAAAGCGAUUGGCGCGGUAGCCAAACGCAUGGUGACAUUAUAUAGUACGAUUAAAGUAAUAUAAAUUUAGUGAAAUCAAAACUGAAGUGCAGAACCCUCUAGUCCUAAGCCUAAAAUAUGAUGCGAUGAAAAGAGCAGAGCGAGUGCAUAACAGAGAUACAUAAUAGCAUAAUAUAAUUGAAUAAUAUGAAACAAUAAAAAGUAAACUAUCAAAUGCA